UGAAAUGGUGCGUUCGGCCCGCGCUCGAGUUUCGACCUGAAUCUGAAAAGGCAAGAUAACAUAUCGUAUUUUAGUUAUGCUGUGGUAGAUAAGUGUGUGCGGCUGUGCGUUUUUACCUUGUUUUUGUUACUGUGUGUGUAUAUUUUGCUGACGUCGUUAACUUACGUCUGUGUCUUGAGUGUUAUUUGUAUCUUGCAAACUGAGAAACUUUUCGUUUUUUUGAAUUUGUUUGACGGCGAAAACAACUACAACCAUGGAAGAUCUUUAUGACCCUGAGGAAAAAAUUCUGUGUCCUUACAAUAGUGCCCACCACAUACGAAGAUGUAAAAUGUCAUUUCAUCUUGUAAAAUGCAAAAAAAAUUAUGGGGAACAGAAAAUGGUUCCUUGCGAUUUUAAUUCAACUCAUAUGGUUCCAGAGCCAGAGUUACGGUAUCAUCAUCAAAAUUGCGAAGAUCGAAAAAAAAUCGAAGCUCAAAUUGUUGAGUCCCAGAUGAAAACUGAAAGUAGAUUCCCAAUUCCAGUUCUUGAUUGUCCAACAGAUGAAAGUUGGGAUCAUGACAACGCUCCAACAUAUGAUCCAAAGAAAUACACUGAAACUCAUGAUGUACUACGUCAAUUAAAUGUUGAAUCAGGUGCCAAAAGAAAAAACUUUAGACUGAAUGAACGUCAGAGAUUUAACAAUCUGAGUGAACAAAACAUUGUGUCUCCACCUGCACCAAAACCAGAAACGCGGCGUCUUCCGACGCACCAUCGUGUUGCCAUCGUGGAAGAAGAAAGGGAUAGAUCCGAUCCAGAAAGUUUCCGUCAAGCAGUGCGGUCUCGUAGAAUGUACAGACAGCACUCAGAAUCAGAUACAACUAAUUCGGAAAAUAUGCAAUGAACUGAAGAAGUAUGCAAAAUCCAUUCUUAAAUGUAACUGUGUUACCUUUUGACUUAAUUUGUGUUUGGAAUUUUUAAUUUUUGUUAUUGUUAAGAGAAA